AUGAUUGACUUCGAAUCUUCAAUUCGUUCGCGACCAUAUGUGGCUGAUUUCCAAACGGAUUGUGAAGUAGCAAUAUUCUCUCUUAUCUACAGUUGGAAAGAUGGUUUUACAGACUUAACCAGUAUGCCACGCAUUGUUUACGAACGUGAUGGUACAUUAGGUCGUGUAACUGGAUUUUUAUUAGGCAUCUUAAAUCGUUUAUUCAAACUCAUCGUGGGAACCCUUGGAUCACUAAUUUGGUUGUUUCGUGGUGUUUAUGCGAAUAUAAACGAUAAAAUAUUAAUCAAUAAAGAACUCGAAAUAUGCACUCUGAAUACACUUGGUCUCGAUUCAUCAGCAUUAUCAACAAUGAUGAAUAAACAACACUGA